AUGGUGGGGGUUCCGCAUAGUACUGGCUGUGCUCUCUGUCGCGAGAGACAUAUCAAGUGCGACGAGACGGUCCCCGAGUGCACUCAAUGUCAAAGAUAUGGCCGCACCUGUCCUGGCUAUCGUCGCACGUUCCGAUUUCAAGAUGAGGGUCCAACCCUGGCGAUGCGACACCGUGGGCCACGCCAAAGAGGGAGAAGUGCAAGGAGAGCCAGGGCAUCGGGAACGACUUCCACUGCUGCAGCCUCGUCGGCACAAAUCGAGCCCAUCGAACCCGCUACUCCUUCUAGUGAGUAUGGAGGCGCGGCGUCUGUCGUACGCGAACACGCAGUCGCGCUCAUCAAACGACACAAGGCGUUGACGGCAUUGGACGAGAGCGUGUCGCCGUCGCUCGUGCGCAAGUCCUUCAAAGCGGCACAGCCGCAGCUCUUCUUGGAUUUUAUUAGCGCAUCUUUCCCUACGCUUUACUUCCACAAUCGGUUCCGGGCGGGCAAUGAACCAGGCUUCGCGGAGAAUAUCAUCAUGAACUUUGGCAUGGACUCUUUUCUCGACUCGGCCAUCUGUUGCUUGAGCUCUGUCUACCUGGCCCAUCUGACUCAGGAUCAGGCCCUACUCAAGACAAGUCGGCAUAUGUAUGCGAUGUCUCUGGGCGAGGUGAUUCGCGCUCUCUCCAAGCCCAAACAUGCAACGUCCGACAACAUGCUCUGCACAGCUAUGAUGCUCAGCGUCUAUGAAAUGUACGCGCAGACUACUCCAGACGCCUGGGUCGUACAUUCGGACGGGGUGAAGCGGCUGAUGAUCAGUCGCGGCACUGCACUCCAUGAAUCCGGGUUUGGGAGGUCAUGUUGGAUCGCAUUUCGGGGAUUUUUAAUCGCGACCGCAGUAUACGAGGGCAAGCCUUGUUUUCUCGAUGAGGACGAAUGGCAGCGGUUUGCCUCCAAGGUGAAAGUCGAGGACGCCCAGAAGCCCGGCGAGUGGUCCGACUAUGCAGACAUCUCUGACCUGGCAUUUAUGGAGAUCACCAAAUGCCCGCGAUAUCUCAGCGAGGCGCGUGAGGUCCUCUCGGGUACAGCGGAAACCAAUCAGGCGGCUAUUACAGACCUCAUUAAUCGUAUCCAAGAUACUUCUACUCGACUGUCGGCCCUGAGCAUCGAGCUCCGCGCCUGCAUCGGCUCUCACAACCAGCGCCAACAAGGCAUCGUCCAGCGCCCCGCCAGCUUCGUCGGACCCGUCCCAGAAAUCUUCCCAGACACCGGCCCCUCGCUGCUCCUUCGCGGCGCAGAGAACAUCCUCGAGACUCUCGACCAGCUACGCGACCGUCUCGACGACCGGCUGCGCUGCCGCGUGAUUGAGGAGCUCUCUCCAGAGUCACUCGUCGACACGCCUGGCAGCGAAGGCAGCGUCAAUUCCGCUUCUCAGCCAUCUGCAGCCUCCAGCCCAGGGCCACUCACCUUGCCCUUCCGCAUCCACUCCGAGCUCGGCCGUGGUCCCUCGGGGACUUCGGAUCGCAAUGACCCGCGGGCGGUUAUCUGGUUGGACCGUGUUGCCUCCUCCAUGGGCGUGCUAGGAACGAGGGUUCUUCCAGUCGAAGAGGGCUCCAGUGGCAGUGUUGACGCGGGUGGUUCUCCGGAAACAUCGAGCUCGUAUUGA